AUGCUUCUGAGACCUCAGUUUUGGCGUGGUCAGCAACAUGGAGCUCGGAGUGGUGUUGUGCAUGCGAGACAUAUGAGACCUCUCUGUGAGAGAAUAUCGUCUGAGGUUACCGAAAUUGAAGAUAAUCCAAAGAAUAUAGUCCUCUUCAUGCCCUAUCUACACUGGGAUACCGACAGAAUGAGAAACAAGAUGGCGAAGAUGAUUGAUAUCGAGUCGGAGCAGCAGCGCAAAAGAAACGAAAACAUCGCCUACGAGAAACGCAAGACACGCAUAGAACAGAGGAAGGACUUGGAGCCGGGUGCGAAGCGCAUAUUACACACAGAUAACAGGGAUCAAAACGAUGAAAAGACGACUCAGAGCGGUGACCAGAAGCGCUCGACGGCCCCGUCACAAGGUGUGAACGAUCUGGCUGAUUUGAUGGACAGACUUGUUUCUGUCGGUAGAAGCAAACAGCGGAUUGAAAUAGAUGACAAUGGCAGGCUCAAGAUCAACAAUCCUCUCGGACAGUACCUGAUUGACGCGGCAAGACUCUACGAAGCCAUAUCUACUUAUCGAGACCAACGAAUGCUGGAGAAGUAUCUGUACCAUGAUCCACCUCUUCACCCCCGCCGAACGCUUGAUCAGUCCUAUUACUGGACCUUGAAGACCACCAAGGUCCGAGACAGGGACCAGGUUGUCUAUCGGGGAACAAAUAUGAAUCUGGAUUUUUGUCACCGACUCGAGCCACAGCCAACUACAACAGAGUCCGGUCCAUGGAGCCGGCUCAAGGGAGUAUUCCAUCAAAGCUCGGAUAACGACAAUGUCGACGUCACACUGAAGUGGACUGACCACUGGGACAAGACGGAUAAACAUGGCUGCGAGCACUGCCGGAGUGACAUUCGCAAAAUCUCUCAGCUCGUGAUGGUCGAUCAGCUCUGGAUGUGGGUUUUGGACGAGAAGACAAUUAUCACCUCAUUUCCCAAGCGCUACGGGUUCAACAAGCAGGAUCUUUCGGGGGUGCACAAGUCUAUUCGUCAAAGGCUGAAGUUUGCCCGCAAGAAUCAGGUCAGGUCGGUGUAUGACUUGGCUCUGAUCAUCCUCGACGAAUGUUGCAACACCUUCUUUGAUCGAACCAAGACUGAGGACAGCCAACCACAGGUGAUGGACAUCUUUUCAGAAGCUAUUGGUAAUGUGGCAUCCAAAAUCUACCGCUCGAGAUCCAAGUACAUCGACUCAUCUGACCUGCACGUGCCCCUCUUGGACAUUCAUCCAGAAGGGAAGCUGCAAAGAGAGGUCAAGGACAUCAUUGAUGAGCUCGACAUCAUGAUUCAUGUUCACAAGAAGCAGAGAGAGGUGAUCAAACGGUUUUGCAAGCAUGUAGAGCACAUUCUCGAUCCCGACGGCCGGUGGAAAGAAGGCGCUGUCCAACAUGACCGAGGGAUGUCAAGAAGGGCACACAGUACUACUGAGAACAUGGAAAAGUAUAUCAAAAUGGAGGAGAAGCGCGACCAGCUUCUGUGGUUUCGAAUGCAGUCUCAAGAACUUCUUGCCGAAGUGGACGAUCGACUUGAUGAGCUUGAGGGGCUGAAGAAGGGGGCUGAGAGUACGGCCCAAAGUGCAAGUGUCGUUCAGGCAUGGGAAUCGGUCAAGCAAGCCGAAGAGGCAGUUCGCCAGGGGCGGGCUAUCAUGAUGUUUACUGUCAUCACUAUUAUCUUUCUCCCCUUGUCAUUUAUUGCCUCGAUAUUUGGCAUGAACAAUUACGAAUUUGGCGGCAGCGAUAAUCCAUGGAGUGUAUGGGAGCAACUAAAGUUCAUUUUGCCCAUUUCCUUUGGCGUCAUUUUCCUUUCCGUAGUCAUUGCCUUUUCCAACCUCCUUCGCGCCUUCAUAUGGUCUCUGUUCAAACUGUUCACCACCUCGGUGCUUAUAUACUCCGGUCUCUAUCGAUUCUGGCUCACCUUUAGUGACGAGUGGUGCUCGACUUCGAUGAUGCAGAAAACGGAGAAAAUGGUGCAGGACAUGAAGGAAGAAGUGAGGAGGGCGAAGAAGCUGCGUCGGAACCAACGAAGUCAAAAGAAGAAGCAGAAAGAGGAUGGGAAGGGAAAGAAAGGCAGGGACGGAAAGGACUCCCAAAAUGAGGACAGAGAUCAGGGGAAACCUACCAGGCAUGCCAAUGGGAAUGGAAUCCAGACUGUUCACUUCUUCACAGAAAUGGGACAGGAGCAGCGACGCAAUACCACGGGUCGACGGUCCUGGGAUAAACGGCGACGGGAUAAGUCCCCGCGUCUUCGAGUGAGCACAUGGCCUCGAGACACGCCACCCAACGCUUUUGGAUCGACUAGCGCCCAUCCAAGAGUCUCACAUCAUGAAGAGAGAGAUAACAGAUCUGCGCAAGACAUGAACGGAAGCCAGCUGAACGGGGACGAUGGAAGUGGAAGCCCUGCAGGGCUUACAGUUCGGGGAUCUGAUAAUAAUGUUUAGGGCGUCUUUGUAACCUUUCGGGGAGGAAAAUUUGUCAGCGUGUCGGGGUGUCACUAUGGCUGGUCUCACAAUGUUGAAAGAACAAAAUCUUGGAUUGCUACCUUGGGAAAACGUCCUUCGCAUAGCUGCACUGAUAUCUACUACAUAUUCCAG